AUGGCCAGAAGAGAAUUCACUCCAUAUGGACACAAAGUUAAUUAUUCAUCACCACCGUCAUCAGUAUCAUUAGAUCAACAGUUGCCAUUCUCAUCAUCUGAUGAUUAUUCAAUUGUCUAUGUUCAGCCAUCAUCAUUAAAUACGGAACACAAUUGUACAUCCCCGAAUAAUCCUUGCAAGAGUGUAGAAGAUGCCAUUUCCUAUGCCAAUUCUAUUGGAAAUACUCGAGUUCAUGUCUAUUUGAUGGAUGGAGAAUAUAAGUGUGGAAUGGCACCUUAUCAACCAUUGCAGAGUCUGAUUUUGGAACCAUUUAAUCAGAGCAAGAGGAUUCAAUUUAAAUGUAAUGGAAGAUCUCUCUUUACUUAUUUAAAUGCCAUGAAUAGAUUAAAGUUGUCGAGAUUGGAACUAUAUGAUUUUAGUAUGAAUAAUGAUGACAAUACUUUGGUUUCAGUUCCAUUGAUAGAGAUUGAGAAUUCUAUUCUGAAUAAUUCAUUAAUUUAUGAAUCAAGUCGUCAGUUUGGAACAAUUUCUGUAUCCAUUGUAAAUUCUCAAUUGGAAUUUGUUGAAUUUUAUGCAACUGUUACAGCAAAUUUUACAGAUUCCACACUUAGAAACAUCAAACACGUACAAGAGAUUCCAUCUUUCGAUCCUGGCACAUUUUUCAAUAAUUGUACCAUUGAAAAGUAUCAAUUUAUUUCCUCUUCUCAAGAAGACAUGUUUGCCGUUGAACAAGGAUUUUCCUUAUUUCACAGUAGAGUGAAGGAUUCAGAUUUUUUGAUUUAUAGAACAUCCACCUCUCAUAUUUCACACAAUACCUUCACUGGCUCUGUAACUAUUAGACAGAGCUUUUUGACGUCUUCAAAAUUUGAAAAUAAUAAGGUGAGCAAUGGGGACUUUCAAUUCUCUGCCUAUUACAUAAAUGUUUUAUACAUAGGAUGGAAUGAUUUUAAUAAUUUGCUUUCAAACAAUCCAGUAUUCCAAAUUGCAAACACUUUACAAACAAUGUUCCAAGUGAAUAAUUUUGAUAAUGUUAAGAAUGGUAUCAGCGUUUCUCAAAGCAAUUACAUUUCACUUUUUCAAACUAACUUUAGAAAUACUAGUAUUUCCCUACGUGUUGAUUCAUUGAUGGAUGUUGUCCAGUCAUCUUUCCUACUAGAUAGUUGUGAUUUUAACAAUAAUGGAGAUUUAACAAUACCAAAUGGAGUUUAUAUUAAGGCAAAUACCAUUCAAAUUAAGGAUGGCUAUUUUAACGGAAACAAGGCAGUGAAAGGAGGUGCUGUCUAUAUUGAAGGACUGACAAUUGCAUUAGACCUACUCGCUUACAACAAUAGUGCCCUAAUGGGAGGUGCUAUCUAUGCCAAAUUAUUGGGUACUGAUCCUUUGGAAUUGAGAGCUACAAUGGACUAUAAUACUGCCCAACUUGGAGGUGCUAUUUUUGUUGAAAAUCCAAAACCAUUCGUGAUUUUGGAUUAUUUGGAGUGUAAAUAUAGUCGUGCGCUAUUCUCUGGAGGUUGCAUUUAUAUUUCAGAGCCAGGUCCAUAUAUUGAAUCAAGUUUUCUCUUGAAGGAUCAUAAUGAAGCCGGAUCGUAUGGAGAUUUCAUUGGAGAACCGCUUAACAAUAUCACACUUUCUGUAGAUGUAAUAUCUGGUAAUAAUACUGUUGUUACAAAAGUAAUUGAAAAUCAAGAUAUUAUCUACUCUCAAUAUCCAGGACAAGAGCUGACAAUUAGUAUAGAAAAUUUACAGACCUACAAUAAUGGAGAAAGAGUUCCAGUCAAAAAGUUACAAAGUCAAGUGGACGUUUUUGUUUCUUUAUCAGAUGGUAUGAUUUAUUCGAAAAAGUUUAUUCCAAAUCAACUGAAUGCAGUAACCUAUUCACUUGCCAUAGAAGAAAGACAACUGAAACAAGUACACGGACAUAUUACAAUCCAAAAUAUUGUUCAGAAUAUCACCAUUAAUAUUUUAGAUUGUCCAAAGGGAAAAGAACUUCAAAAUCCACUUUCUACGGGUUUCGUUUGUUAUGAUACAAUUGUUGAUAAUUCUGCUCUAAUUAUCAUUCCAAUAAGUGUGGUUCUGGGAAUUCUAUUAAUGAUUGUUAUCAUUCUUUUAUUGAUUCUUACAUUCAGAGGAGUGAGACAUAUUUAUGUGAAACUAAACCGUCUCAAGAGAAAGGAAAUUGCCGAAAAGAAUUUGGAAGACAAAAUUAUUGAAAAUUCAUUCUAUUAUGAAAGUCAACCACUUUUGGUCAAUUCAAAUAAUUCCAAUUCUUCACAAUCUUUGAUUAUUCCAAUUGAAGAAAUUUCAAUUGAAAAGAAAAUAGGAGAGGGAAGUAAUGGGAUUGUUUAUUUGGGUAAAUGGAAAGGUAAACAAGUUGCUAUCAAAUCACUCAAGUCAGAUACAAUUGGAGAUGAAAUAGGUGAUUUUGAAAGAGAAGCAGCAAUUUUAAAUAGUUUAUCUCAUCCAAAUAUUGUCAAAUUUUAUGGAAUUUCCAUGACCUCCAAUCACAGAUAUAUGGUUGUGGAGUAUAUUAAUCAUGGAAGUUUGGAUCGAUUGAUUUACAAUUCAAGAAUAGGAGUUUCUACUUUAAAUUUGAAAAGAAAACUUGAUAUUUUAAUUUCAGUUGCCAACGGAAUGAAAUAUCUUCACACAUUGAAUCCUCCUAUAAUUCACAGGUAA